AGGCGCGGCGCGGAGCUCCCGGCGCGGGACCGUGUCGCAGGGGUGGCUCCGCGGGCUGGCAGCGGGGAACGCGGCGUGUCCCGACUGGCGGGUCUGGGGUCCUACCCAAAGGGGAAAGGAUCUGGGGUCGGCUUAAGGCACAAGGCCCGGCUGAUGGCUGGCUGCUCCCCAGACGCCGCACAGCCAACCCAACACCCCCCUUCUGCCUCCAGCAUCCAUAUCGCACAGGUGCCUGGUGCGGAUGUCCCUCUGCACAGCCCUGCACUAGGCCUAUCCCCUUCUAGGUAGCUGGGUAUAAAAAAGCCAUGAAACAGCUCUGGGAGAGCUACAAAAUUGAUUAGGUUAUGAUAGUUAUUGGUUAUGGUGGCUUGAAAGAAGUGGUGGAUGUCCUGAAUGGACUGUAUGCUGCUUCUGUGCUUGUCUGCUGUGUCCAUAGUAGGUAUUCAUGUUCAGGGAUUGCACAAAGCUAGGAAAGUAAAGCAAGAUAAUGACCUCAAGUUGUGCCAAGGGACGUUCAGGUAUUCAGAUAUUAGGAAAAAAAUAUUCUCAGAAAUAGUGGCAGUGCAUUAGAACAGUCUGCCCAGGGAGGUAGUGGAGUCAUCAUCCCUGGGGGUGUUUGAGAAACUGUUGAUGUGGCACUAAGGGACGUGGCUAGUGGGCAUGGUGGGGAUGGGCUGAUGGUUGGACUAGAUGAUCUUUUAGAUCAAAAAGAUGAUCUUUUAGUCAAAAAGAGUAGAUGGUCUUUUCCAACCUUAAUGAUUCUGUGAUUCUGUGACUCCAAAUAUGUUGGAGGACAGAGCUAUAAAUUAAAUGAAGCUUUGGCUCAGAGAAAUGAUCUGAAAAAGUUGAAUGAAAAUUAGGAGAAAUAAAUGCCAGGAACUACACGGACAAUAAUAUUCACAAUACAGGUUGAGGAAUGAAGAGUUACGUAACAUUUUUGUAAAAAAAGGGUAUGGGAAUGAUGAUGCUUUACAAGACAAAUGCAUACCAAAAAAGACAUGGAUGUGGUGGCUACUCCCUUCAGGCAAAAGGAAAGGCUAGGCACCUUGUGAGGUCCCUUUGAGCUCUACUUUACUAUGAAUCCAAGCAUUAUUACUUCUGAGUGUUUUCGCACAGUUCUCCUGCUUAGGUCAUUGGAUUUCAGUAUGCUAUGCCUGCUUUCCCCAGUGAAGGCUGUGGAACGUCAUAAUGAAUCUGGCCUCUUGUUCUCAAUAGCAAGGACUGCAGAGCGUCAUACAGGUUGGAAAAAGCACCUGGCAGCUUGGCAGAGUUUAAUACAGCCACUGUCUGUGCUGUCAGAACAGGACUCCUUGCACCUGGGCACAGUGUGUGGUACCAUGGAAAGUGAUGAGGUGUGAUGAAGAUCUACCUCUGUGUAUCUAGAGUGCAGUGAUGAGUACUGACACUGUAAUGAGGAAAGAAGGGAGGAAUUACCUUUGGAUUAACAAAUGAGAGGUCCUGGGAUAUGCAUGUGCCCGGUUUUGUUUCCAGAAGAAACCCAAGCUCUCUGAAGUAAAUUCUUGCUAACACUGUUAUAUGAUUGCAAGUACAUAUGGAGGAAAUUUUUGUAUUUGAACAGAGAAGACACAACCCCACUGAAUAAAAUGGGCUUGUAGAGUUAGCAUUAGAUUUUCCUUCCUUCAGAGAGCAUAUCCUCAGAAUGUAUCAAUUGGAGAACUUGUAGGAUGGUAAAUGCUGAAAUUGAGUUAUUUUGUGCUCUUGGGAAGGAGACAACUUUUCAUGACAAAGAUACCAUGCUAGUAUUUCUCUGCAUUCCCAGGAUCUUAACCUCACUGACUUAAAUAAGUUUCUUGCUACUGCUACUGAAUACCUGCUACUGCAUGAAUGCAUGGAACGAUGGAUGCAGCAGUGCCACCUGCUUUUAGAUUCUUGGUAAGAUGGAAGAUUUUGGGUUACUAGUUUUAGAUACUACAGUGCAUUCUUACAGACAACUCUCACUUACGGGAAGGAUAAUUAAGAAUUUCAUCCUUCUUCUCUAUUUUAUUCAGUACUUUUGGUCACAUUACAAAUGAGCACAAUCAAAGAUGCAAUGGGGAGCCUUACUGCUCUGAAGGCAGAAGACAUUUUGGAAAUUUGACAAAAGAAUUGUGGUGUGGCCUUCAAAACAAAGAGGUUGUCUAAAAUAGUGAGAUUACUAAAAGCAAAUAAUAUAUCAGACCAACAAAGUGAAAAGACAGUAAAACCAUAUAAGAGUAUGUUUUUCCCUUCAUACACUGUAUACAUAAAUGUGUGGCUAUUGACCACUGCCAGUCAUAACUCACUCCGCCUCCUGGUUGAGAAAGCCAUUUGGCAUCGACUGAUAGUUUCCGUGGCCUUUAUGGAAACUGAGAGGUCUAGUCCAUUAAGUGUUAGGGAGGAGAGGGGCUUGAGUUUGCAAGUAAUCAAUAUUUGCCAGGAAAAGUAAAUAAAUAAAUAAAACAUUGGCUGCUGCAGUCUCACUUCUGAGUUCUAUAGGGACAUUUUAGGGAGUGCCAACAGGGAAUGGGAAAACUCAAGACUGAAAGGCUUUGGGGCAGAGGUGAUACAGGAAUGGAAGAAUACCAAACUUUGUGUCUGGCAGCGUAGUAGUUCUUCUUGACUCUGCUUAUGCAUUAUGGUGGUAUGUGCUCAUCCUCAGGGACUGGGGAGUUGGUGGUAUGUGCUCAUCCUCAGGGACUGGGGAGUCGGUGAGGGGGAUGACCAAGCUCAGAGGCAGCUGCUGAAGCUCUUAUCCCAAACAGAUGUGCUCUCACUGCAUGAUGGCUGAGUCACUUCUGAUUCAGCUCUGAGGUUGUCCCAGUCUAGUGACAUCUUUUUGGUGAUGGUUUCCUUUAAGGCACUGUGCUCUUUUUAGCAUGUGAUUCAACAGCCACCUGUGAGCAGCCUGUUGCUUGGGAAUAGGUGACAACUAAAGGUGAGAGGCUCAUCAGCCAUGUCAAGCUAUGUCAUCCUCAUUCCUCAAAGCUGCAGAGCACUCAUUCAUACUAUACGAAUGAAGGGGAAUCCAUGUUAGUGAGUUUGUUCUGUUCAAUAACCCGUAACAGUCUGCAAAUUGUGCCUUUUGGUCUGCAACUCCAUGAGCAAGUGUUGGAUGACCCAGCACCUGAAAGAGGAUGAGGAGAGCAGAGUUAGCCAUGUCUCAGCAUGCCAGUCAGUGUCAUCUGUUUAGGUUAAUGGUUCCCUCAAGACAGUGUGGCACUUUGUGGUAUGGUUGUAAAAAAUAAGUUUGCGUAUUAAUGCAUGUGAUACCACAUAACGUAAUUGGUGACCCCAGAACAAGCUUGGAUGGACUUAGUGCUCCUCUGUAAGUCAUUGGCAUGCCAGGAGAUGCUUGGUGCAGUAGAUAAUCUUACAGAAGUCAGAAGGGAAAAGUGAUACGUUAUCCUAUCAGCCCUUGAUUUAUUACAGCAGUUUCAGAGCCUGUUCUAACUUUUAGCCCUGAAAAAUGGCUGCAAACAGGCUACUUCAGUGAGCACUUUGUUCUCUGGUGCCUCCACUCCCACCAGUGGCUUCCUUCCUUCCCCACCGUGCCUGCUGGGCCGUGGUGGGGAGGAGCUGGUGGAGAGCUGGCAGCUAAUGACUCUCUUCUCUGCGUUAAGCAAUUUAAAGUAAAAUACUGGGUAAAAAAAUGAGCUUACUGCCAAUUGUAUUAAAACACCUGUGCAUUUUUCUCUUGAACGUAUCAUCAGUGAGGUAUGCCAAGCUUACCGGAAGGUACAGCCUGGCAGUCAGCUGACAUGUAUUUCUGUGGGAGUUUCAUAACUCUGUCCUCAGGCUAACGUUGCAGAAUUCAGCAUGCUGGAAACAUUUUGAUAGGAAAGCAAGCAAUUAAAGUGCCUUCCUGAUACACAGGAGAGAGCAGGAGGGUGGCUUAAUCGAGGUCUGACUUCAGAGUUCAUUAACUGUAAGUAACAACUUGAUAUUCAUGAAAGAACAGUGUCAGGUUAAUGAACGUAGCACGCUGGCCUAUCAGCUUAUACAGGGAAGCACCAUGCUGACGUCAAGUUUAGCAGUAAUACUCCAAGAUUAAGAGAAUGACCUACAGGCUGCCUGCCCUGAAUGGCUCCAGUGUGAAGGGCACAGCUGGGCCUGAAAUGUCUCAGCACAGCCUUCUCGUGUGGUUGUGGUGUGAUCCCCUGUGCUGUAGGUUCUGACUGGGGUGAUGGGUACUGGUGUUGCUGGCUGGACCCACUGCCAGGAGCCUUCUUUUGGGUUCACCGCAGCCACACGGGGGCAGACAGGGCUGGCAGCUCACCAAUAACAAUGUCAAUUACCCCAAGGCUAAUCAAGUAAAAUUAUUGAGAGUGUGUUAUUGAUGUCAAGUGCCUUUAAAAACGGACUGCAAUGAAACCGUCUGGCUGCUUAAGUAAGCUUUUAAUGGAAGCACGGAGAUGUUUUUUAAUCACACGUCAGUUGGUUUAUGUGAUUAUUUCUGGGGUCACACUGAGGCAGCUGGACCCUACAUACGUGACACAUGUCACAGUGGGCAGGUAGCUCUGAGUCUCAUCCUGGGCUGGGCACCGGGUAUCCCAGUGUGCCUCUGGGGUCGGCCUCUUCUCGCAGGUAGCAGCAAUAGGAUGAGAGGGAAUGGCCUCAAGUUGCACCAGGAGAGGGUCAGGUUGGGUAUUAGGAAACAUUUCUUCUCAGGAAGAGCAGCGAGGCAUUGGCACAGGCUGCCCAGGGAGGUGGUGCGGUCACCGUCCCUGGAGGUGUUCCAGAACUGUGUGGAUGUGGCACUGAGGGAAGCGGUCAGUGGGCGUGGUGGGGAUGAGCUGGCGGUUGGAUGAGAUGAUCUCAGAGGUCUUUCCAACCGUAACGAUUCCGUGAUUCUAAUUGCAGCGCAGACUUUCAGAACCGAAAUGUUACAGCCAUCAAAACUGAGCACAAAAUACAAAUUGGCAACAUCCCCGGUUCACCAAUUCUCAUCGUCUCCACCAGCGGCACUGACAGCAGUUGCCCAGCCUUGGGAGACUCAGCGGGAAAGCAGAAUAAAACCCAGCUUCACCCCAGCACCUGUGCAAAAUGAAGAUACUCCUAAGGGGUGUGAGGCUGGCACCAAUGCGAUUAUAUACGCUGUCCAAACGGCAUUUUGUCCUGGUCUUUGUAGUAUUCUUUGUCUGUUUUGGUUUGACAGUCUUCAUAGGAAUAGCAGGUCCUAAUGUAAUUGAAACUUCUGUAGCAAGAACUGACUUAAAUAACAGCAUAAAGCUGAAGCCUUUUAAUUUAAGUUCACCACCACUGUCUACUUAUAACCAGCAGCUGUGGCUGACCUGCGUAGUCGAGUUGGAUCAGCACGAUGUAUCACUCAAAAAGAAUGUUACUAUGACAGUUAAAGUGCUUGGAGUGGUGAAGGACGGAAGCACACCCUACGUUAAUAAUCAAGUUCACAACCGGACGAGGUUGCUCAGUUGUGCACAGAAAUGCAGUGAAAUCAUUGUUGCUCACCUUGGCUACCUGAACUACACUCAGUACAACGUAUUUGUUAGUUUUGAAGAUCUAAAUAAGUUAACAUAUGCCAUACAGAAUAUUACUUUCACAUGGAAGACAUACAAUCCAACAUUUUCACAGGUGGAAAUCUGGUUCCGAUUUGUCUUUGUAGUUCUCACCUUUAUGGUCACGUGUCUGUUUGCACAUUCUCUACGAAAAUUCUCCAUGAGAGACUGGGGUAUUGAACAGAAAUGGAUGUCGAUCCUCCUUCCUCUCCUCCUGCUUUACAACGACCCAUUUUUCCCCCUUUCUUUCCUGGUGAACAGUUGGUUUCCUGGAAUGCUGGAUGACCUAUUCCAGUCACUGUUUCUGUGUGCGCUGUUAUUGUUCUGGCUUUGUGUCUACCAUGGUAUAAGAGUACAGGGAGAAAGGAAGUGCUUAACCUUCUAUCUGCCCAAAUUCCUUAUUGUUGGACUAUUGUGGCUCGCCUCUGUUACAUUAGGAGUAUGGCAAACUGUUAAUGAAGUGCAUGAUCCUACAUAUCAGUACAGAGUUGACACGGGUAAUUUCCAGGGAAUGAAAAUCUUCUUCCUUGUGGUGGCAACCACAUAUAUUCUCUACCUUCUGUUCCUGAUAGUGAGAGCAUGUUCAGAACUUCGUAACAUGCCUUAUGUUGAUCUCAGGUUAAAAUUCUUGACUGCAUUAACCUUCGUAGUGCUCGUCAUUAGCAUUGUUAUACUCUAUCUACGCUUUGGAGCACAAGUUCUACAGGACAACUUUGUUGCUGAGCUGUCAACUCAUUAUCAGAAUUCAGCAGAAUUCUUAUCAUUUUAUGGUUUACUGAACUUCUAUCUCUACACAUUAGCCUUCGUGUAUUCCCCCUCAAAGAAUGCACUAUACGAAUCACAGUUGAAAGACAAUCCUGCUUUUUCUAUGCUGAACGAUUCAGAUGAUGAUGUGAUUUAUGGGAAUUGCAAAGGCACUGAUACAGAUGGGAGCGACUACGAAGAAAUGCCACUUCAGAAUGGCCAAGCCAUUAGAGCCAAGUUUAAAGAGGAAUCGGACAGUGACUGAUGGAGCGAUUUUGAUACAGACAGACUUGUUCAGCUGGAAUUAAGGCUAUUUUGAAGUUUUCCUAGAUGGACCGCUUCCUUGGCUUACUUACAGUCUGCUGUCAUCUGAACAUGGAAUUCCAGGAAGGACGUUCUGCUUCUGUUUCUGUUUACAAAGGUAAAGCUGAAAAGAAAAGAAUGCUUGAAAAGGUUGUGGUGGGAACUCAAGGAAACCAGAAUUUAUAUGCAUCUUAUGAAAUGCCUGAUGGCAGGAUGUCUUUGGACUAAUGUUUAAGUCUAUGUCCGUUUCGAGGUGUCACAGAUUAUGUACUGAUUUUAAAGUUGCUUCUUUGCUGCUUGCUGGUUCGUCGUUGUUCCCCCUCCCCUUAGGAUUAUGUAGAACAUAGCAUCUUAAACCUCUUGCAUUUUUGCUAGCUCCUUUUCUGUUGUUCACUGCUGUAUGAAGUGCCUCUUUUCCCUUUCAAUUUUCUACCUUAGUCAUUUGGACUGGAGGCAGUGAAGGAUGUGCUUUAAGGUUCUCUCUUCUGCCUCCAUUUUUUUUUAAUUUAAUUUUAUUUUUUAGAAAUGCAGACCAACAAAAGCUUCCCAUUCCUCCUUCUAAGCGGUGGUAUAGACUUCAAACUGUUCUUUUAACUCGUUUAAAUGGAUUUACCAGAUACGUUGUAAGUGUGGGAUAUGUGCAAAUAGUCAGGUUCUAGUGAGCAAAAAUGGGCUGUGGUCCAAAGUUAUUUGUGUGAUACAGGUUUCUUAACAUGCUUUAUCAAAUCACAACAUGCUUUAUCACCCCAGCAAAACUGUUUGUUUUGUUGUUGGUUUUUCUUAACAGCCCUUUCAACAGAAAAUACUUAGGCAGCAAUAAACCUCAGAAGGAAGUCAGAACUUUUUUUGUGUGCGUGUUCUGGAGGAGACUGUUAGGCUUACAGGAAGAUAGUAUGAAGUUCUGCAGAGAAGUAUAACUUCAUAUUUCCAAACAUUUCGUUUUAGAUGCUUUUUCUACAUCAGACUUUUUCAUGAAGUUGUAUUUAUUGGCAGUUAAUGUGCAUUCUGGGAACAGUUAUGGGUGCUCAUGCAUUGAAGUUGCUUAACAGCUUUUGAGUGCAUUCUGUGCAUAGCUCAACUUCUCUGUCAUACCAUAGUUGCCAGCAGUACUGUUUGGAAUUUUCACCCAUACAUUUUAUGAUUCUGUAUUCCAGUCUGUGCUGGAACAGAGUUAUAUGGGAAUGCAGUACUCCUCAUACAGUGCUGCUGCUUCUCUGUUUAAAAGCCAUUGUUUUGCCACACCACUGUUCAGCUCUAUAUUUAUGUGGAUGCUAUUUGUUUCCAGCUACUUCUGUAUUUUCAAGGACUUGACCAGUCUUUUCUUUUUUACAAAAUAGAUUCAUAACUUUAAUGUGCUUUUGUAAUAUUUCUCUGCCCUGCUGCUGUAGAAAAGAUUUAUUAGGCAGAAAAUGGUGCUGGCUUACACUAGUAAAUCAUGCUUACGACAGAACUAGUCUAAGCAAAGCAGUGCAAUGAAGUCGUACUAAACUUACUGAAUCACAUUGGGGGGUGUAGAUUUAUUCUGCAUUUGUGCAGCUGGUUUAGGCUGUUGCAGCACAAUAACCUCCCUGUAGCUGUUCAAGAGCAUUAAAGGGAAACUUUACAGGGUAGCAGUUUACUUACAGAUGAUCAAAGGAACUGCUUCACGUGGUUGCAACUCUGUUGUCAUUAAAAAAUAGUUCAGAUUUAAAUCUGCACUCUGUUAGAGACUUGUGGUAAGAUUUUGUGUGUGUAUGUAAUGUGUAAUUUUUGAGGAUAUUUGGAAUUUACACCUUUGUGUACCAAGUUAUCGUAUGUUAAAGGCCAAAGCACUAUUGUGUGGCUAAAGCAAGGAUAUAAGGCGAGGGGGGCCAGGAAGAAGGGGGAAGAGAAAGAGCUUUUAAUUUUGUUGUUAGUUGGUGUCCAUUUAGAAGAAUGUACAGGGAAACAUCACAGAGGUGUACCAAGUUGGUGGGUUUUUUGUUAACCAACUCUAGGAAGCCAUACUCUCAGCAUUUUCUUUUAGCUGUUUUUAACAAGUAUAAGGGGUGACAUUUUUAACCUCAAAGAGAUGAGCCCAAUCUCAUUUUUAUUAUUCCUUAUGUGAUCUUUCUUGUGGCUUACAGUUGUUUGAAUUUGCAGAGUUGGACUCCAAAGCCAACCAGACGUUUGUUGUAUACCCCAGGCCCUUUUCACUUGCACUGGAGUGAGUACAGGAAUUAGGUUUUCAAAAAUGCAGAUCCUUACCUAUUCAAAUCUCUUCGACUGUCAUAUUGUUUAAUUCUGAGUUGUUCUGAAUUGAUAAAAUACUUUAUUUGACAGACGUGCAAAGCAUACUGUUUCUUAUUGCAGUCUGAGCUGGUUGUUACAGUCAAACCUGAAGUACAGUGUCAUGCUUUGGGAUUCUAUUGGCUAAAAAUAAUUUAAAUCUAGCUUGGAAAAUGUGAUUUUUUCAAAGCUGUUCUCAGCCCGUUCCACUUGCCAUUUUGUCUACCUUAACUUUUCCACACGACUACAUUGGAAAUGAAAAUAGGAAAGCUCAGAUAGGGAAAUAUUCAAGUGAAGUGUCCCACUACAAAAAUAAUGUUAAUUUCUUUAGAGAUUGUCUAAGCAGUGUUUGCCGUACAAAACAGUUCAGUAUUUCAGAAGGGCUAGAGUGUAAUAGUAAGCUUGAGUGAAGAACUGUCAUAGCAAAUACUGUUCAUAGUGAAAAAGUGAAGCAGAUCUGCUAGCAAGAUAUCUCAACUUCACUGUCCUUAUCAGAGAUAGUAUUUGAGGAAUACUGCAAUCUGGAUUGCAAACAGCUUGGGAGUAGGUGGCAUAAAUUCACCACCAACAAAUGUAUUAUAACAUAAGGACAAAGCAGAAGAGAUCUGGAUCAGAAGCCAGAUUAGGCUUUAUGUUAAAAAUAGUUCAAGAUUUCAUGCCCUACUGGAGCUUGGAAAACCAAGAGUUACCACAGGUGUAGUGCUGCUGCUCUCCAGGAGCUGCUUGCUAGAAAAAAAACUGCAAGGCUUCCAUGUACAUUGUGAUCAAGAUGGGACUUCCAAGGAAUCAAUUAUAGUUGAGUAUGAACCCAUUCGUGGCAGCCGUUUUCUGCAGCACGUGCUUUAAAUAGAGGUGGUGUUAGGAGUGGUUGGAAGCUUUUCUGGGACUGGCAAAGAAUAAGUAGCAUAAGGUUCAGCAUGAGUAAGGAAGUCCAGCAGGCCUAUGGAACUACUGUGGUUAAAAAAAUAAAAUAAAAUAAGGAUGUUUCCAGCUAGAAGGGACUUAAUCUCCUAUCUCUGAGCCAAAAGACAACCUGGUAGCCAGUCAUCCAGUAUCCAGUCUAGUUUUUGCCCGCUUCCUUUUGAGUAUGCCAGUAAGAAACACUGCAUUACUGUAAAUUUUUUAGAGGUUUGUAAAUAUGUAAAAUGAAGCUAAAAUAUGGAGUAUUUGUGUACCAAAAUGGUAUAAAAUGUGUAAGAUAAAUGCUCUGUUUAAUGAGAAGCUGUAAAUUAAAUGCUGCUUUGACAAAGCGUGCAUGAGGACAUGUUAAAUAUUGUGUGUUUAGAGGUUGUACUGAGGACAGCAAAUUAUCUGUUAAGUUGGAAAGCUUCCAUCCUAGUCUUAAAUAUGAACCAAAAAAUACUACUUCAAGCAAAAGUUGAGUAUUGAGUUUCUUGGAAGACUUCAUGUGCAUAAUCAUUGUUAAAUAUGUUCAUAAUAAAGUUUUGUAUCUUUA